GAACAUCAUCUUUUUUAAUGAUACAAUUUUAUUAUUUAAUAACGUAUUUUAUGUUAUAUUUUAAUAUAAUUAAAAUUUUUUUAGAAUAAUUUUUAAUUUAUAAUUUAUAUAUAUAUAUAUAUAUAUAUAUAUAAAAGAAACAAAUGAUAAUGAUAUAUAUUUAUUCAAUAUGUUGAUAUAUUUCAUUCUUGAAUUGAUUGAUCAUUAAAAUUAUCUUAAUUUUUAUAAAAUACUUUUGUUAAAAUUUUCAAUAUUCAAAACUUAAAUUUUUUAUAUAUAAAAAAAUAAACAAUAUAUUUCAACAUAUUUAAUUUAAUAAAAAAUAUAAUUUAAACGUGUAUUUUAUAUAAUUAUUUUUUAUAUUAUAAUGUAUGAAAUAUUUUUCGUAUAAUUUAAAUAUAAAAUUUUUAAUGAAAAUUAAAUUUUAUUAAUUUAAAAAAAUAUAUUUUACAAAUAUUUAUUUUUUUUAUUUUCUAAUUUCAAAAAUGUAUAGUACAAAAUAUUUAAUAGAUUCAUAUUUUUAAAAAAAUAAAUAUAAUUGAGAUAUUCAACAAAUAUGUCAUAUUUAUAUACAAUAGUAUAUUACAUAACUACAAUUAAAAUAUAAGUGCUUAAAAUAACAAAUUAGAAUUUAACCUUAUAUUUAUUGUGAAAUAUUGUACAUUAAAGGAAUUUUUUUAAAAAUUUAAAUAUUUCAGGAUUAAACAGAGAUGACAUAUGUAAUAACAUCAGAAAUAUUUACAGAAAAUAAAAAUUUGUAUAUAAAAUAUAAAAAUAAUAAUGCAAUAUCCAGUUUUAUUUUUAAAUAUCCAUCCUACAUGAUUAAACCAAAAUGUCUUAACAAUAUUAUAAGUCAUGAUAAUGAUAAUGAUAUAGUGUUAGAUAGACAACAAGAAGGAAAAUUAUUAAUAGAACAUCAUAUAUCUACAAACUUACAAUAUGUUGGAUUACAAGUAUGGCGAGGUGCAUUAUUGUUAGCUGAUUAUAUUUUAUCGAAUCCUGAUUUAUUCAAAGAUAAAAUAGUUUUAGAAUUAGGUGCUGGAGUUGGUUUAACUAGUAUAGUAACUAGUUUUUUAGCAGAAGAAGUAAUUUGCACAGAUAUUGAUGUCAAAGGAAUAUUGAAAUUAAUAUAUAGAAAUUUUAUACGAAACAAAAAUUAUAUUAAAGCUAAAAUUUAUAUUAAGGAAUUAGAUUUUUUAAAUUUAAAAUCAUUUACAUCUUAUAAGAAAAAAUUAGAUAAAGCAAAUGUUAUUUUAGCUGCAGAUGUAAUUUAUGAUAAAACUAUAACUGAAGGAUUUGUUCAAACAUUAAGUGAACUUUUAAAUUCAGAUAUAUCAAAAGUUAUUUAUAUUGCUUUAGAGAAAAGAUAUGUUUUUACUACAGCUGAUAUGAAAACUAUUGCACCUAUGUAUGAUGAAUUUUUAGGACUUAUUGAAGCAAAACAUUUUAAUUGGCAUACCGAAUAUAUUAAAAUAGAUUUUCCACAAUAUUUUAAAUAUAAUAGAAUAAAACAGAUGGUUCUUAUGAAAAUAGAAAACAAGUUAAAUAAAUAAUGUAAUUUAAUAUGUAACAUAUAUAACAUAUUCAUGGACAUAAGAGAAAUAUUAAACAGUAUUAAGUAACUAAAUAUAUAAUUGUAAAAAUCUUGGAUAAAUUUAGAAUGCUAUUAUAAAUUUUCAUUACUAAUAACUUUAUAAAUGAAAAUAAAGUUUUUAUAUUCUUAUUAAUUUUUUCAUUAAUUAGUAAAAGUAUAUAUAGCAUAAUUUAUUACUUCAUAAAAAGAUAUAUUUUUCCGAAAUUACAUGAUUGUUUGUGCGUAUGUGUGUAUUUGUGUAUAUAGAAACAUGUACUACAAUUUUAUCCAAAAAAGCUACCCCUUAGAAGGAAAAUAAUUUUUAAUAUAAUGUUAUAAUAAUAUAAUUACCAUUAUAUAAUUAUUCUAAAAAAUAAAAGAAUAUAUUAGGUUGUCUUGAAAUAAA